AUGUGCAAAAGGCACGUAGUCAUGUGAAAGCAAUGAAUUGUUUUGACUAAAAAUCAAUUGGCAGGUAAACUUCAUUUUGUGAAUGCAUUUGUAAAUUGUAGUCAAAAUGUCCACCCCUCCCAAAUCAAAACGACAGAAAACUGGAGAAGGAGUUGUUUCAUCAUGGCCAAGGUUCUCGGAAAGAUUGGAUGAAACGGAGACGAAAGACUUCUUCAAAGAUAAGGGUUACAUUCGGGCCGAUUGUUUCAUUUCUGAGGACGAGUUAAAGGCCAUCAAGAAUGAAUUGAAACGGUACGAGAAUGAUGUCGUCCCAGACCUGCCACCUAAGAUGGCUUUCUAUGAAUCCAAAGGCGAGAAAGACUCCAUUAUUCGUCUUGAAAGAAUGCUUGAUCAUGACGAAUUCUUCAAGGAUCUCGGUGAAUCACCAGCUUUCAAUGGCCUUGCAGACCUACUUCUGAAUGAGGAAUGCAUUCCUAAUAAUGUCCAAUAUUUCUCCAAACCACCGGGCGCCAAGUGCACCCCUGCCCACCAAGAUGGAAAGUACUUCAUGCAUGAUAGAGGAAUCACCUUCUGGCUGGCAUUGGACGACGCCGAUGCUGAGAAUGGUUGUCUGUACUAUGUCCCUCAGUCUGACCGGAAGGGAGAAUUAGAACAUCGUAAGACGGAUGCUCUGGGUUUCAGUCAAGCUCUAGUUAACUAUAAAGACUGGAUGGAAGAGACCGAAGAUGAAAUGGCCGUCAAGAAAGGAAGCCUUCUUGGGCACCAUCCUUACAUGGUUCAUAGAGCCGGAGAAAACAAAUCGAAGGAAAGAUGGCGUCCAGCCCUUGGACUCACUUACUGGGCUAAGAGUGCGGUCAAUGACAAGGAACUACAGGCUAAACACGCUGCGUACAACGCAAAACUUAUGAACGAGCUUUCUGAUAAGGGACGCAUCUAGAGAAUGACUGAAAUAAUUGGAGUGAGCCCUCUUGUGAUGGAAUCUUGAAGGGGGAAGUGGUCUGGCUCCCGUUUGGUAUUCUGAGGUCUGAUAUCUACUUAUCUGUAUUGUAUACAGGGAGCAAGACUGCAGUUUAAUGAUAUCCAUAAUUAGAGUGCAGUCAAUUGAGUUUGAAGAGAAAGUAUACCUUUGGUUUUCGGAACUGCUCGAUUGUUUCAACCCUUUAUAUAUGUAGACGCAAUGAAAUAAAGCUAACAUGGAAAAUUCAAAUUCACAUGUUUCAGGUUUUUUAGAAAUUGUUGAAAAUCCUGAGCGAAUUAUGUUCACACAGAGAGAAAAGUCCCUAAACAAUCUGAGAAACAUUACUCGUGCUUCUGAGACUCAAAAAUUGUGGGGGGGGGGGGGAUAAAAAUUGCUAUCUUACCACAUCACUUUUAAGUGAAAUGUUUCUCAAAAUGUUUUAUGCUAUUUAAAGCUGCUUUUGAUUCUAUUCAGAAGUUAAUAUUGCCAUUAACUUCUAAAGUGUUAUAACUAAAGGUUUACCUUCCCUUUAAACACAGUUGAUUGGUUGUUAGUUUCUGAAUCCAUCAACAUUGAUUGUUAACUGUAAGAUUAUUACAGCAAAAUUACUUUUAGACUUUUUUUAGACUCUUAUGCAAUAUAGUAAACUGUUUUGUUUUUAUUUCCAAAAUAUUUUCAUUUACAAGAUAAGUUCUUAGAAAAGGACACAGAAAAACGAUUUUAAAAUUGUAGUCAGAGAAAUAUCACAGGAUUUGUUCAUUGUAUCACUGUACACCAUGCUCAAUAGAUGUAGUCAAUUUGCCCUGCAUAGGUUUUAUUGAUUAUGUGCAUAAUUUUGUUUUAAUUACAAAUUUGUAAAAUACUCUGUUACUUUCCUGUUGUAUUAAACAAGUAAAAUUUGUAGAAAAUCAAAAUAUUUGCCUGGACAGGCCAGUGAGAACAGACUUUUGCCAGGGAGUUGAUGGUAGCUUGCUUGCAUGCACACUGACUUGUGAUAACAUCUUGAAAGUUUUGUAGGAGAGUGGUGCCAAAGUAGUGGGCUGUCAACAUUGAUUUCUUUCUUCAAAAAAUAUUUGUUUUCAUGAAUGUCUCCUGACUAAGAAAGAAUAUUUUUUAUUAUUUUGAAGUGCAGGGUUGCUGUAAGAUAUUCAAGCACCCAUGUUGGCCUGUUGGUAAGACAGCUGCUUUAAAAUGUCAAAGGUUAUGGGUUCUAAUCCCACCAGAGUAAUAUGUUGGGGAUUUUCUUUCCACAGGAUGGAAAAAACCAAAAUUAUAGCACCAGGUCCAACAAGUUGAGGGUUCUCUAAAACAAGCCUCUUCUUUAUUAUUUUUGCAUGUGAAGUAUUUAUCAAAGAGCUUUGAAAUACUUUUUGUUUCUGGGGAGACUGUCAAUAUGGGGCUAUAUAGUUGGUAGAGCGUUGGCAUGUUAAUCCAGAGGUCACAGCCUUUAUCUCCCUUCACUCAAUUUUUCUUUGUUCAUCUUACAAUUGUCAAGUAGUUUGUAAUCAAUAAUAUUCCUGUUCUCCUUUUGAUUUAUGUUUAUUUGGGUAAAAUAUUUGAUUAUUCAGAUUUUUUGUCAAACUGUGAUAUACUUGGCCAGAUCGAGGUUUAAGCAUAGGAUGUGUCAAAAAUAAUAUUUGAAGAUAAAACAUGAAAUAUGUAUUUGUAAUUGUAAAGUUUGAACAACUUUCAAAACUUGAAACUAUACAAAAUAAAUUUUUAGCCAUUAUAUUCUAUAAUAUGAAUCUUUUGCUAAUAAAUGUUAAUAAAUGUUAAUAAAACAGUAAAUUCUAAAUUUGAUUGACUGAUAAUUUUUUGCUUGUGUACCAUGCAAUAUAUUAUAAGAAUUUCACUCAGAAUGGACAACUUAUUGAUGUGUAAAAUUUAGAAUUUUGUUUGGAAAUAUUUAGACUUCUUUUAAAAAACAAACUGCUCUGUAGGAAAUUAUCUUGACUUAUGUACUUCACUUUUAAGACAGAUUUUUACGUCAUUAAAGGCCAAUAUACAUGGUAUUAACCA